AUGGCACCCACCCCUACCGCCCCCGCCACGUCGACUGCCACCGCCACCUCCACCCAGGCCUCGCCCACGCCCGUGAAGAGGAAGGGCCCCAGCCCGGCGGUGCUCAGCAAUGAGCUCUUCCAGCUCAAGAAGCAAAUCGACCAGCUUCAGUUCAGAGUCGCCCAGCAGCAGCGCAAGGGCGACCCGCAGCUCGCCCGCACCCAGGCCAGACUCGAAGGCCUGCGCCGCACGCACCAGUGGCUCAAGCGCCUCCACAUGGCGCUCCACCCGCUCAACCCUGCCCACCAGCCUCUCAAGCAGCAGCCGUCUAGCCCCAAGCCGGCCGUCCGCUCGGUGGUUGCCGCUGCCACCACCACCUCGGUCACCGUCAUCGACACCUCCUCAGCACCGCAGACCCUAAGCGUCCGCUCGUAA